AAUUAAUCAGCUUACAUCGUAACUUAGAGCGGCGUUGAGUCAUUCAAUCGCGGUGGCACCUUGUCUGAUCUCUUGCCUGUUUUCCUUACGAUGUUUUCAGUUCUGUGUUUGGUUGCUUUCACGCAACUCUCGCUUGUUGAAGCCAACAGCGAAGUGGAAGACUUUCUGAAGCAUUUUAACCAGCGCGCACCCAUAGAAGCAAGUAAAAGGGAGAUCGCAGAUUGGAAGUAUUCAACAGAUGUCUCGUCAAAAGAAGCAGCAUCCGAAAAGAAAGUAGCGACUUUGGCUUUUCAAACUUUCCUCGAAAAAGCGCGGAAGAAUGCGUCGCGAUUCAGCAAUCUUGAGGGUUUACCAGAGACACUUCAACGACAACUGAAGUUGCUUCGCACAUCUGCGACUCUGAAAGAUAGACAGCAACGGGAAGAACUCGCAAAUAUUGAGAUUGAAAUGCAGAAUAUUUAUAGUUCAUCUCAAGUUUUCGACGCAGAGACAGGGAAAAACUUGUCUUUGUCACCGAAUCUAACAGAAAUAAUGGCUUCGUCACAGAGACACGAUCGCUUGAAGUUCGCGUGGCAGGAAUGGCGUGACGUUGUUGGCCCAAAAAUUCGUCCCCUUUAUGAACGAUACGUGAACUUGUCAAACCAAGGCGCCCGCGACAACGGUUUUCGCGACUACGGCGAAUAUUGGCGAUCCUUCUACGAGGUUGAUAAUUUGCCCGAGAUCGUAGAAAACCUCUGGAAAGAUCUUGAGCCGUUUUACAAAGAAUUACAUGCGUAUGUGAGGGUUCAGCUUAUGAAGCAAUACCCUCUAGUAAAAGAGAAAGAUGCCAUCCCAGCUCAUUUGUUGGGCAAUAUGUGGGCACAAUCCUGGACGAAUAUUUAUCCGCUAGUCGAACCGAUCAAGGACAAAUCAAGCCUUGAUGUUACUAAGCAGAUGAAUGAUGAUAAUUUUACAGUAGAUCGUAUGUUUGAGAUCACCGAAUCAUUUUUCUUGUCGCUCGGAAUGGAGAAACUCCCAAAUAAUUUUGUGCAAAGAUCGAUGACCAAGAAACCCGAAGGACGCGAUGUUGUUUGUCAUGCAUCUGCCUGGGAUUUUUAUGUGGAAACCAAAGAUGGAGAAAAGGAUGUAAGAAUAAAACAAUGCACUGAGGUAACGCAAGGCUGGCUUGUCACGACACAUCAUGAGAUGGGUCACAUUUACUAUUUCUUGUCGUACUGGGAACAACCCUACAUCUUCCGUGACAGCGCAAACCCAGGAUUUCACGAAGCUGUUGGUGAUACCAUAUCUCUCUCAGUUUCUACUCCACAGCAUCUUGUUAAGAUUGGAUUGUUAAAGGAAUAUUCUCAUGACGAAGAAGCUGACAUAAACAAUCUAAUGAAGGCGGCACUCAGCAGUAUUGUUUUCUUGCCCUUUGGAUAUUUAAUCGACCAAUGGCGAUGGAAAGUUUUCGCGGGAAAAAUCCGACCGAGCGAAUAUAACACUGAAUGGUGGAAACUGAGAACUAGGUACCAGGGCAUCAAACCGCCUAUUGAGAGAACAGAAAAGGAUUUUGACCCUGGAGCUAAGUAUCACGUACCAAACGACGUGCCAUACAUACGGUACUUUAUCAGCAGCGUGUUACAGUUUCAAUUCCACAAAGCGGCCUGUAAGUUAGCAGGCGUCAAGGGGCCUCUUCACCAGUGCUCCAUCUACCAGUCUAAGGAAGCGGGCAAAAAGAUCAGCGAGAUGCUGCAACUAGGAAAGAGCAGGCCCUGGCCCGAGGCCUUAGAAAGGCUCACUGAUAAGAGGACUAUGGAUGUGAGACCCAUGAAAGAGUACUUCUGGCCCUUGUAUUUGUGGCUCAGAAAACAAAGAUGCACCAGAAAGUAUGCCAUUGGUUGGCCUGAAAAUCCGGGACCUGAGGAUGACCCAUGCGUGGUUCCAACGACUUUGCCAGACACGGACACUCGACCGGUAACCACAGUAAGACCGCAUGCGCAUGCGUGGUCUUUGAACUCCGCUGGCACAUUGACAAUGACUAUCGCUUCACUUUGUUUGGUAUUCUCCGCUUUCUACAAACAAAUGCGUGAGAAUGCGACCAAUUUCGAUACCUCAAAGCUCUCAGCAGACACCGCGCGUCAGAUCAAGUUCAUUACUUCAACCGCAACUCCGAAGGAUGCCGAAACGCUGAGGAAGCUAACAGAGUUAGAGUCGGAAAUGGAAGAGAUAUACAGCACGGGAAAAGUGGAUGACAAAGGAAAAAAACUUUCUCUGAACCCCGACCUUUACAAGAUUUUGUCUACGGAGCGUAAUUACGAUCGGCUACUGUUCGCUUGGAAAGGUUGGCGGGAUGCAGUUGGCCCGAAGCUCCGAAAUAAAUACACUGAAUUUGUGAGACUGAAGAAUGAAGGUGCUACAGAAAACGGUUGGAAAGACAUUGGUCAAUAUUGGCGGUCUUGGUACGAAGUUGAAGACCUGGAAGGAAUGGUGGAGGGAUUUUGGAACAAACUGAGGCCCCUCUACCAAGAAUUGCACGCCUAUGUGCGUUACAAGUUGAGCAAAAAAUAUCCGCAAAUGUCUACAGAUGGGCCCAUUCCGGCACAUCUGCUUGGCAACAUGUGGGCGCAGUCAUGGGUGAAUAUCUACGAUCUGGUUGAACCCUACAAAGGAAAGCCGAGUUUAGAUGUGACAGCAAAUAUGAAGAAGCAAAAUUAUAAUGCUGAUAAGAUGUUCAGACUGGCGGAGUCCUUCUUCACGUCGAUUGGACUUGAACCGCUCCCCAGCUCUUUCUACAACAACUCCAUGAUAACCAAACCCGAAGGCCGUGAAGUUAUCUGUCACGCGUCAGCGUGGGAUUUCGGCAUCAAUAAAGAUGUCAGAGUCAAGCAAUGCACUACUGUUACACACAAUUACUUGGUAACCACGCACCACGAGCUAGGGCACAUCCAGUAUUACUUGCAGUACAAGGACCAACCUAACGUCUAUCGCACUGGAGCCAACCCUGGUUUCCAUGAGGCAGUUGGAGACACCAUGUCCUUGUCGGUUGAUACGCCACAGCACUUGCAGAAAAUUGGUUUGCUGAAGGAGGUCAGCAAUGAUACUGAAUCCGACAUAAACGCCUUGAUGAAGAUGGCCCUGCGUAAGGUGGCUUUCCUUCCUUUCGGAUUCUUGAUCGACCAAUGGAGAUGGAAAGUUUUCAGCGGUAAGAUCACUGAGGAGAAUUACAAUACCGCGUGGUGGGAACUGAGGACUAAGUACCAGGGAAUAGAACCUGCUGUGGAAAGGACAGAAAAUGACUUUGAUCCUGGAUGCAAAUAUCACAUUCCAGCUAAUACACCAUACAUCAGGUACUUUAUGAGCUACGUGCUACAAUUCCAGUUCCACAAGGCCGCCUGUGAGGCAGCCGGACAUACGGGACCUUUGCAUACCUGCUCCAUCUACGAGUCUAAAGAAGCGGGAAAGAAGAUCGGGGAUAUGCUGAAGAUGGGAAAAAGCAAGCCUU